AGGAAAUUCAUCGAUCUGUGGAAGUUAACAAUUGAGGAUCUACACAACAGACGGGAAAUCUCUCCCUGAUUCUUCUGCCCAACUUUUCUGUCGUGGUCUUAUCUGCAUCAGCCGCCAUGGUUCUGGAGGACGAGGACUCAGUCUUUGAGCCCACAAUCACUGAGGAGCAUGUGGAGACUCUGUAUGGGAACGUGCACUGCAUCAUGACGGGGACUCCAAGGGCAAACCGCCCCGUCAUCCUGACCUUUCAUGAUGUUGGACUGAACCACAAGUCCUGUUUUGAGAAGCUGUUCAGCCACGAGGACAUGUUUGAAAUCACGAGGCAUUUCCCUGUUUGUCACGUCGAAGCACCUGGACAGCACGAGACAGCAAAGACUCUGCCACCUACGUACAUCUAUCCAACCAUGGACCAGCUGUCUGAGGCUCUGCCCGCUGUCCUCAAACAUUUUGGGCUGCGCACUGUGGUUGGACUGGGAGUCGGAGCAGGAGCCUACAUCCUGGCGAAAUUCGCUUUGAAUCAUCCUGAGCUGGUGGAUGGAUUGGUUUUGAUCAACAUCAACCCCAGUGCUGAAGGACUAAUGGACAGUGUUGCAUACAGGAUCACUGAAUGGACCCAUACUCUCCAGGACCAAGUCAUCGCACAUUUGUUUGGAAAAGAGGAGAUCCAGACCAACCAUGACCUCAUAGCUACAUACCGCCACAACAUCACAACAACCAUGAAUCAGUACAAUGUGAGCCAGUUCUACCGCUCCUACAACAGUCGCAGCGCUUUGGAUGUGGAGAGGCCUGUUCCUGGAGGAAACAUCAACGUCAGGACCCUCAAGUGCUCCACUCUGCUGGUUGUAGGCGAUGAUUCUCCAGCUGUGGAGGCCGUGGUCGACUGCAACUCCAAACUUAACCCCACCAAGACCACACUGCUCAAGAUGUCAGACUGUGGAGGACUUCCUCAGGUGGUUCAGCCAGCAAAAGUGAUUGAAGCCUUCAAAUAUUUCAUCCAAGGCAUGGGAUAUUUGUCCAGUGCCAGCAUGACCAGACUUCGGUCACGAACGACCUCCAGCUCCAGCAUCUCAACCCACUCACAUGGCACUGAAGAGAAGCGCGGGCGCUCACAAACUGAUGCCUCUAUGGAUAACAUUUCCAACAAUAAUAUGGACCACAUGAACUCAAAGUCCACAGAGCUGGCAUGUUAGAGAUAACUCUGUGCUCCUAAAUCCCAUGCACUUAAACCCAAUCAUACCUCAUUAGCUCCACCCAUAUAGCUCCGCUCAUACCUUAACUACCAUCAUAUUGACAUCCUUCUUAUGUCUGUCGGGCCCUUUCAGAUGCACUAUCACUAGUUGAGA